AUAGCGGUGAGCUAACGUAACAAUAACAGAAACCGUGCAACGACAGAAGGCGGGUAAAAUUGCAUGGAGUCCUAUAUAGCGAGCGAAUAAUCCAUAGCGAGAAGUGGAAGGACCCCGGAGUAAAAGCAAAACAAAGCAAAGAAAAACCAGCACAAAAACUAAAAAAAAAAAAUAGAAUAGGCAAAACAAUCACGAUAAAAAAGGUGGCAAACAAUAGCAGCGCUUUACCAGAGGCGCGCGUAUCGAUUAAACUACCCGCAACACAUUCCCGCAACGCAACCAAGCGGCUCGACGAAGAUUGGUGACUGGCGGACUGGACGGGAGAGCGGAAAGUAUUGCAGUUGAUUUUCUAGGACACUGCGGCUAGCAACUGCGGCUACCAACCACAUAGCCUGGAUACAAGUGGGAGGGGAACGUGCCUGCGUUGGUUGAACCAAAUAAGGCAUAAAAAGGCUGCGGCGACGGCGGUGUUGGCGACGGUUGGUGGUGGCAACUGGAUCACGUUUGAUUACUUGGUGUAAAUAACACGCAAUAGUAGUAGCGACAGCCACAGACAGUCGAUUAGUUAAAUAGCUACGUAGUGCAUGAAGUGUCGUUACGAGUAGGGCUACGUAAGAGGUCCUGCUGAAAGUAGAAGAAGAGCACAACUAGUGGACGAUUGAAUAAGGUGUACGCUGCACAUGUAUAUAGGCGCUGCACGCUGCACCCAAGCGACAGUCAGCUUCUGCCUAGUUGAGUUUCAGAAAGCGCCUUGAGCGACAAAACUGAAGCAGCCGAGCAACCAAAGUACAAGUUGUUCAAACAAGUACAUCGACCAAGGAGGACAGCCACACAAUCCACGUCACAAAAGCACAGCCAGCAUUCCCACGUGGCAGCAUCAACAAAAAAUCUUAGCAUGAAAGUCGACGACAACAAUGCGAAGCCGGCGGCAACAAAGGCGUUGGCUGGUAAACAAAGCGUCAGCACCGCGCCAACGACGACUACGACUAUGACGACGAUGACGCCGGCGGCAACACUGACAUCGCAGAGAGGUGCUGCUGCAGCAGGUGCAGGUACUAGGUACACCAGCACUUACGCACACACAUUGCUUAAGAAGAAAUCCUGCACAACGCUACUCUGUGAGCUGACGCGCCUGAAGACCCAACAAAAGUAUCUCGAAUGUAGUCAGGUGAAAUUGAAUCCGGCUAACUACGAGGAUCCACCGGCUAGUGCCAACAAUAACAAUGGCGCCACAGCGUUUGCGCAGCCACCGGCUGGCAUUGAAGCAAUGCAAUCGGCUAAUGAAAUCGAAUGUAUGAAAGUGCAAUUAGAAGAGGAUUUGAAGGUAUAUCGUGUAAACUCAUUUCGCGAGGUGCAGGAAUUGCGCGAUAAGGUGAAAUCUAUACGAGAAGAUGUCCAACAACCGGACCGAUUGAGACAGUGCACCUUGCCGAUGCUACGCGAACGUGUUAUUACGAUCAAUACGCAGCUAAUGCAACUAUGUGACAAAAAUCAAAAUGAAUUUGAAAAGCUACGCGAAGAGUGUGAGACAUUGGAGCGGAAUAAUGAUGUGCUUGUGAAAGUAUGAGGGGCUUAUAUUUAGCCUCGUCAGAAUGAGUACUUUGCGCAUACGUGACGCUCAAGGAUGAAACUGACGUAACGUAAAGGAAUGUAGAACGGCGCCACAAUGAAGGUGCUGCAUUUGCAACCAAAAAUCA